AUGUUUAUAUAUAUAUCAAUCGAUUUCUUGUUUAAUUUAUAUCCUCAUUUACUACGUAUAUUUAUUCCUUCAUUUUUAAUGCAAUGUUUUAUCAAUACACCAACUUCCUAUUUUCGUGUGAUGGACAACUUUACUGGUUUGAUUGAAUUCAUAAUUGGUAUAAAUUGGUCAUUGUUUUAUACGUCGAAAACACAACUCGAAAGAUUACAAUUUCGUCAAAUCUGGGUAACAUUAUGCGUUAUUCUGUGGUCUUUGCGAUUAGGUGGAUUUUUAGUUUAUCGAAUGUUUGUUCUUGGUCCACUAGACACUCGUAUUGAUGACAUAGCAAAGAAAUAUGGACGAUUUAGUGUGAUUGCUUUUUGGUUAUGUCCACAUGCAUUCUGGUCAGUUAUUUGUUGUUUACCAAUCGCAUUAAUUCAUGCUUUUCCAAUGGCAAAUGUUAAAUUCAAUAUUUUAGAUUUAAUCGGAUUCAUAUUUUGGAUUUGUGGAUUUCUUAUGGAAUCAUUUGCUGAUCGAAACAAAUUGAAAGGAAAAUUAACUCGAAAAAAGAUAUAUUAUCAUCUUGGUUCAAUGUGGAAUUAUUCUCGAAAUCCAAAUCAUUGUGGUGAAGUUUUUUGUUGGUUGGGAUUAUCGAUUACAGCUCUCAAUCUAUUUUUUCAUCAUCUUUUGUAUCGAUAUAAUUUUUUUAUGAUAAUUUUAUCACAGAUUAGUCCUUUAUUUACACUUUCGAUAAUGGUAUUUGAAGCGACAUUAGCAUCGGAAAUUAGUAAUAAUAAACGUUUUGGAAAUCAAUUAGAAUAUCAUCAAUAUCGUCAACGAACAUCCGUUCUCUGGCCAAUUACAUCAGAAAUUUAUUUUCGCUUACCUAAAUCAAUCAGAAAAGGUUUAUUUUUUGAUUUGGAUAUGUACAACAAAGGACUAAAAAAAACAAGUUAA